AUGUCUGUGGGACUAGAACCAGAUUCGUUCAGGGAUGAGGUGUUCGUCAAGCGGUUCCCCGUCCACCGCGCCUGUCGGGACGGAGACGUUGGAGCUCUGGUGUCACUGUUACAGCAGCUUUCGAACCAAGCUCACCUUACAGCCGAGGACUCCUGCUACGGAUGGACGCCUUUACACUGGGCUGCUCACUGCGGACAGCUGGAGUGUGUGGUGCGCCUGGUGCAGAUGGGCUGUGAGGUGAACUCUGUGACCAGCCGCUUCAACCAGACGCCGACGCACAUCGCAGCGUUCGGCGGCCACCGCCACUGCGUGGUGUGGCUCACUCAGGCUGGAGCCGAUGUCAACAGGCAGGACUUUGUAGGCGAGGCGCCCAUUCACAAGGCGGCCCGUUCAGGUAGCAUGGAGUGUAUCCAGGUCCUCUUGAUAGCAGGUGCUCAUCCCCAUUUAAGAAAUGCCAGUGGGCAGACGGCCGCAGACCUGGCUCACGCUCACGGCUUCCUCGGCUGUUCCCAUCUAAUUGCUGACGACUGUAAGCUGCAGCCCAGUGGGCUCAACAAGAGUGGAGAGAUGAAGGGAGACCCCGUGUGUGGUCAGGCCCUGCACAGCAGAAAGAGGCUGUUUUCUGCUCUAGACGGUGGACACGCCAAAAAGACCAGGACAGCAGAGAGUGUACAUAUACACAGCAGCGGAGGUGAGGUGGUGGAGAGCAUGAAUAUGGAGUCUGAACAGGACCUCAGCUCAGAUAGGGAAACCAAACCCACCACCAGCAGCCAUCGUCCAUCACCCAUUCUGCCUUACACUGACCAGGAGCCCGUCAGAAGCCUCUCCUCCUGGUCCCCCCCUCCGGCCGACAUGUGCGGCUCCUUGCACCUGGCCGGCAGCCCGGGCAGCUGCGUGUCCCACCAGCCGGACUGUUGGGGGUCUACGGGAGCAGACUGUGGGAGCUUCCUGCUAUACGGACACUACCACGGAUUUGGAGACACAGCCGAAGAACUGGGCGACAGCAGCAGCAUCCCAGCGGAGCACAGAUACCAGCAGGCUGCUGGCAGCGGCAUCCACCUGUACCACGGCUCAUAAACACCCAGGGCAGGGCAUUAAUACUCAAUAAGCUUUAGCUCUGCUUUAAAGGGCCGCUGACAUUCAGGGAAUUAAUCACCUGUUGCCAAAACUAGAGGCACCACUGGAAAUAUCCAGACCAAGUUAAGCUUGGAUAAAAUAUUCCCAUCACUUCUUAUUACCUCAGAUUAAAGAACUCAAACUAUAAUUCACAUAGUGUUAUUAUGCACCACAUGCUGUAUGCUAAUGUAUCAAUAAUUUUCUAGUACACAUUUCAUUCUUGGGAAAACCUUAUUUGCAGAGGAAAUUAUUGACUGAUCAAGAUCAAAGACCCAUCCGUCCUCCUAGUGGAGCUGCAUGGUGUCUGUAAAUUACAGAUGGGUACAGGUACAGAUUGUGUCCAACAGUUCCCUGAAUGCCAGACUGCUCCUUUAAGGCCGUUCAGUAAUGUAACAUUCAGGUGUUUUGGAUCGUUGCCAUCACACUUUGCUGAACUGAUUUUGCACUAUAAAGGGCUGAUGGGUAAUUUUGUACUUGUGUGGAGGACGUCCCCUCCCAAUGUGCCGGCCUUCAGCGGGAUCAAACAUCUGCACAGAAACAAGCCUUGAAUCUACCAAAGGGAAACGUUGGCUCAUGUGUUUGAUGGUGGGACAUCGGAGUCCUUUGUUGUGUAUGUGGUGGAGCUGUUUUCAAAGCGUGCCGUCAGCUUAUUUGGGGCUCGCUCUCUCUCCUCUGAUUUUUGUAGCAUACAGUAGACAGCAUGCUGGAGAUGUGACAUUCCUUUUUGUAAACACUAGGUCAGGUGUGUGGGACUGUGCCUAAUGCUGACUACAAUGACCAGGCACCGCUGCGAACCACAACCGUUUUAUACUCAUUCAGGUUUUGUCGCUUUUCCUAAAAAAGUCUAUUUUGCAGUUUUAUAAAAAUUCUACAAAAAGCAA